AUGAGUGAUAAUGAAGUCCCAAGUACUGCCUACAAAUCCCAGUUGUCAGGUGCAUCACUUGGAGAGAAGAAGAUAACAUUUGAGAAGAAAUCCUCGUGUGGCUACUUUCAUGAAAAGCUGUUAGAAAGCUACCCAAAACUAAAGGAAGGAGGGGGUUACGAGCUGAUGCGUACAAAGUUCAGAUCAACCAGCAAAUUGGAAAUUUUGCAACCUAAAGGGAAUGGUGGGCAUAAUGUGUUAGACCUUAAAGAAAUGGUGUCAUCAGCUAAAAUCUAUGUUCGACCCCUUCAAAAAGAUUUAAGUCUUGAGCAA